AUGACGAGCGUGCCGUCGACCCAAGAGAAGCCUUCAUCAAAGACAAGGAAGCCCUGCGUUCACGGGAGCGCACGAUCGAAGUGCAAAGUGGCGGGAUGCUACACGGGGAAGCUGUGCGAGCACAGGCGCAACCGAUCGCUGUGCAAAGAGUGCGGGGGGUCCUCAAUAUGCUCGCACGGCCGCAUCCGAGCUAUAUGCAGGGAGUGCGGGGGGGCCUCAAUAUGCCCACACGGCCGUAUCCGAUCAUACUGCAAGGAGUGCGGGGGGGCCUCAAUAUGCCCACACGGCCGUAUCCGAUCAUACUGCAAGGAGUGCAAGGGGGGCUCUAUAUGCCCGCACAACCGGUCGGUGGCGGGAUGCUACACGGGGACAAAGUGUGAGCACAAGCGCAGGCGAUCCAUAUGCAAGGAGUGCGGGGGGGGCAGCAUCUGCGAGCACGGCCGGAGGCGAUCACAAUGCAAGGAGUGUGGGGGAGGCAGCAGAUGCCCCCACGGCCGUCUGCGAUCGGUGUGCAAGGAGUGCGGGGGGUCCUGCAUAUGCGUGCAUGCCCGCGCACGAUCCAAUUGCAAGGAGUGCGGCGGGGGCAGCAUCUGCGAGCACGGCCGUAUCCGAGUCACAUGCAGGGAGUGUGGGGGGUCGCAGGUCUGCCAACACGGCCGCCAGCGGUCUGGAUGCAGGGAGUGCGGGGGGCGGCACGUAUGCGAGCACGGGCGGAGGCGAUCGUACUGCAAGGAGUGCGGGGGGGUUUCUAUAUGCCCGCACAAGCGUAUCCGAGCUACAUGCAAGGAGUGUGGAGGGUCACAGGUCUGCCGACACGGCCGGAGGCGGUCGGUGUGCAGGGAAUGUGGUGGGGGCAGCAUCUGCGAGCACGGGCGGGAGCGGGCGGUGUGCAAGGAGUGCGGGGGGUCCCAAAUAUGCGAGCACGGGCGGAGGCGGUCGAAGUGCAGGGAGUGCGGAGGGGAAGUCAUGCAGGCGCAAGGCCCUGUGUCGUCUUCCGAGGACUUCCCUCCUGACAUUGAGGAGUUCUCCUCCUCACACGAGGCGAUGGCGAGCGUGCCGUCGACCCAUGAGGAGCCUCCAUCAAAGAGAAGGAAGAUCUGCGUUCACGGGGGGCAGGGAGGAUGUGCGGGCACAAGCGGCAGAGAUCGGAAGGCAGGGUGUGCGGAGGGGGCGGGGUGA